CUAAUCAUGUCUCUGGGCUCUGAAGACGGACUGGAUUACAAGCUAUUGACAAGAGACCAAGUCGAGGCAGCUUUAGCCAUUCAAAGAGAGACGAUGCACCAAGAAAAUUUGGCGAUAGGUGUGGGAAUGUUCGAGGAGGAAGGAGCCCCGGAGGAGAUGACGUUGCUCUUUAGGGAGGUAAUCAAAGACGGCUGCACUCUAAUCGCUGUUGACACGAAAUCGAACACGCUCGCUGCCGUGGCUUUCAACAAGAUUCACGCCAGGCCGAGGGAGGGUCAGAGGGACGAGUUGGAGAUAUUCAUAGAGGGAAAUCUGAAGCUUCGUACGUCCCAAGGUCUGGUCAAGUUUCUCGAUGACAUCGAGAGCAGCGUGGACAUAUUCGAGAGGUACAAAGCAAGCACAGCGAUGGAACUGUUUUAUCUUGGCACGAACCCACAGUACCAGGGUCGUGGCAUCGGCCGUAAAAUGGUUCACAAGUGCAUCGACUUCGCUCGAGGGCUAUCGAAAGGCACCACGAGGAGAAUUUCGAUCGACGGUGGCGCCUUAGAUCUAGACGCACCGCCUGAACUGAUAUUCGGUGUUUUCGCGUCGAAUUUCAGUCAGAGGAUCGCGGAUAAAGUCGGUUUCGAAACCCUGCACGAGAUUAGGUACGAUGACUACGUGUUCGAUGGUAAAACCAUGGCUCAGAGAAUAGGAAGCGAUCAUAAGACUGCCAAAUUUCAGGCUCUGAAGCUUUAGUCAUGUUAGACUUAAGGGACCUUACUAGUGUGACUGUCUAAAAUUUAGGUCAUUUUGAGGAAUUUUUUUUAAGAAAAGUAUUCUAUGGAAUUUUUUUAAACUUUAUGGAUGUAU